UGGGUUGGGGACUUGGGAUUCAGUUGCUGCCCGGCUGGAACAACGUGAAGAUCCCCCACCGGUGAUCCCUAAAAUUUUCGUACACUCAAUCAAUCAACACAUCCAAAUCACCUCAAUAAUGGCGGAUUUCCUUGGAAAAAAAUACAAACUCGCCAGCAGCGAGAAUUUCGACGAAAUGAUGAAAGCCCUGGGUGUCGGGUUGGUGACCCGAAAAAUGGGAGCUCAGGUGAGUCCAGUCGUCGAACUCACUAAAAACGAUGACAUUUAUACAUUGAAGACAACGAGCACGUUCAAGAGUUCGGAGAUUAAAUUUAAACUUGGCGAGGAGUUCGAUGAGGAGACUCCGGACGGCCGGAAGGUCAAGAGUGUCGUCACCUUGGAUGGAAACAAGAUGUCUCAUAUUCAGAAAGGAGACAAAACCACCAGCAUCGAACGAGAGUUCACUACAAACGAGAUGAAAGCAAUUAUGACGGUCGACGAUAUUGUCUGUACCAGGAUCUACAAGCUACAGGAAUGAGGAGUUUAUCGAAUUAUACAAUUGACAAUUCAAAUUAUGAAUCAUUGCUUGGAGUAUCUGGGGGUCCAGUUUACUUUUUUUUUGCAUCAAACCUGAAAGUUCAUAGUCUUCUGGAAGCUAUGAUAUUAUCCACGGUUAUUCAUAUUUAAGAUAUACUUUUAUAUAUUCGUUGAAUACCAUUCGAACGAAAUAAAAAUAAGAUAAAUCGAAA